GCCACGUCAGUUGAACGAGGCGCGUCGAGCCGUCAGCCGUAUCUCGUGUUAGCUUCAUGUUUUUGUGAGAUAAACACUAUCAACUGAACGUUCCGAAAUAUUUUGUGACUGUUGUGUGAUGGAUCUGUGAACUGAGAAAAUGGAGGAGGAGUCGAUGUCGGGACACAGCUGUUCUGAGGACGAUAUUAGUGUUGGUCGGCCAUCGCCGGCGCCGUCGCGAUCUCCUUCACCUCACGAUUAUUUUAGACCGCUGAAGCGCUUGAAGAUGGCUUCGGAGCCAGCAGAGGAAAGACGAGGGGACGGUGUGAAGAGUUUUUCGAUUUUGGACAUUUUAUCUCACAGUCCGCGCACUCCGCCGCGUAUAGUGCGUCCGUGGGAUGCGUCAGGGUUCGAGAGGUUGCAGCGGCUGCAGCGGUUGGCUGGUGCUGCGUUGCUGGAUGGAGAAAGAUGGAGAUUGGCGGCUCUGGGGCUGCUGAGGCCGAGAGAUAUGGCGCCAGCUGAGUGCUGUGACUCUGCCUCCGAGAGAUCCUCGUCUGCGUCGGACUGCUGCUCGGAGCCCCGGCGAGCGCCGCAGCAGGGCUCGGCAGCACCACACACUCCUCUCGAUGCACUGUUCCACAUGACUAGCAAGACGUUCGAAGCCAAUAAUCCUGACAAUGGAGAUGGUCAGUCAAAUCACCUGAAUCUCUUCAACUCGAGGCCACAGCCGAAGAAGAAGCGAAAAUCUCGAACAGCCUUCACCAACCACCAGAUCUUUGAGCUGGAGAAGCGGUUUCUGUAUCAGAAGUACCUCUCGCCCGCAGACAGAGACGAGAUCGCGAGCUCUCUGGGCCUGUCCAACGCUCAAGUCAUCACAUGGUUCCAAAACAGACGAGCGAAGUUGAAACGAGAUAUGGAGGAAUUGAAGAAAGACGUCGAAAGUGCUAAAGUACUGUCAGCUCACAAGAGUUUCUUAGAAAACGUGACUGAUCUCGGCAUUCUGAAGAAGAAGGCCAUGAGCAUAGGAGCCAGUGAGGAGGCGGCGACGAACCUAGUGGUGAACGCGUCCAAAUGAAACGAGGCAUCGCGCGCGAUCAUCAAUGACGUCACCUACGAUCGGCGCGUGCUCGACUAUUGAAUCGAAUAGUCGAAUCGACUCGAGUGACAAUGUGUUUCGAUUGAAUUUCAAAACGAACGUUUUAGUGACGUUAGAUGUUUUUAUCUCCACUAUUAAUAGUAUUUCGUAAAGUACAUCACUAUUUAAUAUGUCUGUAAAUAGUAUUAGUUGACCGUAGUGUAUCGUUGUACAAAACUUAUGAAGCUUCGUUCGAAAUAAAUGUGAUAGUUGAUUUUAUUAUUUAAGUACUUAAUAUUUUAUAGAGAUAUUCCUAAAUUAUUUAUUUUUUGUUUGGGCUACUUACUGGUUCGUGUGACUGCAAUUUUAUUGAGGGACAAUGUAGUAAACUGAUAGUUUUUUGGAUCAUGUAGAUACUGAAAUAAGAUUUAUCCAUUGAGUGUGCAAUAAUUACGAUAAAGUACAUAAUCUAUGAGCCAGUUAGUGUCCAGUUUACGUUACUAUUGUAAAUAUUAUUGUAAAGGUAGUUUGUUUAGUAAUUAAAACUUAAAGCGUAGUUUUAUAAUUCUCAUGAAGAUACGGCGCUAAUGAUGUCGAUAGUACCUACCAACGUUAUGUAAUGUUUAAUUAGUAAACGUAUUUACUAAUUACGAAUUGGUUUGAAAUUUUGAAUCGUGUAUUUUCUACUGAAUAAUUUCGAGCAAUAGAAGAACGACUAAUUAUAGUAAUGACUAAGUAAUUUCAUUAGAUUUUAAAGCUGUUGAUUCGUCAAAUGAAAGUCGUAAAGAUUGCUACUGCAAUGAUUUUUAAAGCGCACUUAAUUAUUUCCCAGUUUUAUAACUUUGUAUGCAUUGUGUACAUAACUCAUUAGCAAUUUGUUACAUAACUAACUGAAUGGAUUCGACGUCUGUACCUACUCGUAUGUACUAAAAUCAACAUUUUUCAUAUAAAAUUGAUCUUAAGUAAUUGUGAAGACACAAUUUUAUUGUAAAACCUUUAAAUCUGGAAUUCCUACUGUACUGUAAUGUAAUUAAAUAUUACUCUUGCCUGUUGUAAAAAAAAA